AUGUUCAAUCGGAGCAACCUUCCGUCAGUUCCCAAUCCAUUUGGGUCUGGUGGCCAACGCCCCCCGCAGCAAGGCCACUCGAACCCUAACCAAGCUCCUCCACGGUAUGACAACAGCUUCGCCCCCGUAUCCAGCUCUGGAGAUUCCCGCGAUUACGAUGUGCCCAUGACUGAUGAUUUUACUACAAUAAGGGGAUAUGGAGCACCGCCGUCAUCGAUGGGAAGAUCUCCGCAACAGAUGCCUGCUCGGCCUCCAGCCGGACGAGGCCAGAGCUGGAUGCUUAACCCAGCCAAGAGCCCCAACGAGAACUACACUUUCGGUAACCUCGUUGCCGUAUCACCCCAGGAUAUUCCCCCCUCCCGUGACGGCACCGACGUCCUCCUCCUCAUCAAUGACAUCUAUGUCUUCUCCGCCCGCCCUCUCGAGGGCUUCCCUCCUGGACUUAUUAGCAUGUCGGACCCCCAGCGUACCUGGGCGAACAUCGGUAUGAGAGAUGCUGUCAAAGUACAGCUGUAUGAUCCUUUCAGCCAAGGUGGACAGGCCUACUUGGGAUCUGCGGAUAUUGAAGUUAGCUUUGCGUCCGCCAAGAAGCGCGUGGAGACCGCAUACGACCAGGAUGAGUUGACAAAUGCCGUUAUCAGAAACUUUGAAAACCAAUUGUUCGCCCCCGGACAAAGAAUUCUGAUGGAUAACAAAAGCAUUCCACUCCUUCUGCAUGUCAAGACCGUCCAGCGUGUGGAUCUCACAUCGGAGAAGCCCGACCUUUCAUCUGGUGAAAUCGAGACUGAUCCUUUGGCGCGAGGAAUUGUCACCCGCCAUACCCAGCUCAACUUCUUCAAGGAUUCUCAAUCCGGAAUCAAUGUUAAGCCUUCAAACCGCCGCCCUGCUGCAAACUCAAUCAUCCAGCCUGGCUUCAAGUUUGAAGAUAUGGGAAUCGGAGGUCUGGACUCCGAAUUCAGCACGAUUUUCCGUCGUGCCUUUGCUUCUCGCAUUUUCCCCCCAGGCCUCGUUGAGAAGCUUGGCAUUCACCACGUUAAGGGUCUUUUACUCUUUGGGCCCCCUGGUACUGGUAAAACUUUGAUUGCCCGCCAGAUCGGAAAGAUGCUUAAUGCUAGAGAGCCCAAGAUUAUCAACGGUCCCGAGGUCUUGAACAAGUAUGUUGGUCAGUCUGAAGAGAACAUCCGAAAGAUGUUCGCAGACGCCGAAAAAGAGUUCAAAGAGAAGGGUGAUGAGAGUGGUCUCCAUAUCAUCAUCUUUGACGAGUUGGACGCAGUGUGCAAGCAACGUGGUAGCGGUGCAGGUGGUACCGGCGUUGGUGACAGCGUUGUUAAUCAGCUUUUGUCCAAACUGGACGGUGUUGACCAGCUCAACAACAUUCUGUUGAUCGGAAUGACUAAUCGAAUGGAUAUGAUCGAUGAGGCGUUGCUGCGUCCCGGUCGUCUCGAGGUCCACAUGGAGAUCUCGCUCCCUGAUGAGAAGGGUCGAAGCCAGAUUCUCAACAUUCAUACAGAGAAGAUGCGAACAAACAAUGUCAUGGACCACGACGUGGACCUGGAAGAGCUUGCUCACUUGACCAAGAACUUCUCCGGUGCCGAAAUCGCGGGUCUGGUCAAGUCCGCCUCGUCGUUUGCCUUCUCCCGUCAUGUUAAGGUUGGCACGAUGGCCAGUAUCAACGAUGACGUUGUUAACAUGAAGGUCAACCGAGCUGACUUCCACCGAGCCCUUGAGGAAGUAAAGCCCGCAUUCGGUGUCUCUGAAGAGGAGCUUUCCAGUCGCAUCCAGUACGGCGUCAUCCACUACUCGAAUGUCAUCAAGGAGAUCAUGCGUGAGGGUGAGCUGUUUGUCAAGCAGGUUGGCCAGGCGGAAGCCACGCCACUCUUCUCUGUCUUGUUGCAUGGCCCUCCUGGCAGCGGCAAAACCGCUCUCGCUGCCCGAAUUGCCAUCGACUCUGGCUUCCCCUUCAUCAAGUUGAUCAGCCCCGAGGACAUGGUUGGAUUCAGUGAACCGGCAAAGAUCUCGCACAUCAGCCGUAUCUUUGACAGCGCCUACAAGAGUCAAACCAGUAUUGUUGUCAUUGACAACAUCGAACGAAUCAUCGACUGGGUGCCUAUCGGCCCUCGCUUCAGCAACAGCGUGCUUCAGGCCCUAAUGGUCUUCCUCCGAAAGCAGCCCUCGCACGGCCGCCGCCUGCUGGUUCUGGCCACGACCACUGAGCGUGCUUUGAUGAAGCAGUUGGAUGUAUACAACUCGUUCAACUCGGAUAUCAUGGUUCCUAACGUUAGCUCCUUUGGCGAGCUACGAUAUGUCAUGGAGCAGUCCGGCGCCUUUGAUGCUCGGGAAAUUGCCCAGGCUCUUGAGGGAGUCGGUGGUCUGGCUGAAGAUGGUCGUCUUAGUGUUGGUAUCAAGAAGGUUCUGCUUGGCAUCGAGACAGCCAAGCAGGAUGUUGAUAAGGUGGGCCGCUUUGUCCGUGUGAUUAACCGGGCAAUUGAGGAGGAGCAGGCUUUCUAA